AUGGUCCCCCCACCCUGGGACUGCUCGGCGGGCCUCCUGGCCUGCCCGCCCUGGGACGGCUCGGCUGGCCUCGCCCCCCUUCCCUGGUAUGGCUCGGCAGGCCUCCUAGCCCGCCCGCCCUGGUGCUUCUCAGCGGACCUCCUGGCCCGGGACAGGGCAGGCUGGCUAGGAGGCCCACCGAGCGGCCCCGUGGUGGGCAGGCCAGGAGGUUCGCCAAGCCGCCCCUGGGCGGGCGGGCAUGAAGGCCCACUUAGCCUCCCCUGGGGCGGGCGGGCCAGGACAGUCCGCCCGCUUUGGGACUGCUCGGCAGACCUCCUGGCCUGCCCGCCCCAGAGUGGCUCAGCAGGCCACCUGGCCUGCCUGCCCUGGGAUGGCUCGGCUGGCUGUCUCACCUGCCCCGGUAUGGCUCGGCCUGCUGUCUCACCUGCCCCGGUAUGGCUCGGCUGGCCUUCUGGCCCACCCGCCCUGGAGCUUCUCAGCGGACCUCCUGGCCCGGUACGGGGCAGGCGGGCUAGCAGGCCCGCCGAGCCACCCCAGGGGCCGGGCGGGCGGGCCAGGAAGGCCCCCGAGCCACCCCUAGGGACGGGCCGACAGGCUAGGAGGGCCGCCGAACCGCCCGUUGGGACGGGCGGGCAGGCCAAGAGGCCCACCGAGCCGCCCCAGGGACAUGGGCUAGUGGGCGGGGCAGGAGCCUCCCCGUGGGUGGGCCGGCCCGCCAAGCCGCCCCCAGGGACAUGGGGGCGGGCCAGGACGGUCCCCCCGACCCUGGGAUUGCUCGGCAGGCCUCCUGGCCUGCCCGCCCCGGUAUGGCACAGUGGGCCUCCUAGCCAGCCCGCCCCGGGGCUUCUCAGUAGACCUCCUGGCGCUGGGGCAGGCGGGCCAAAGAGCCGCCCCGUGGGCUGGCGGGUGGGCCAGGAGCCUCCCUGGGUGUGGGCUGGCCCGCCGAGCCGGCCCUGGGAACAGGAGGGCGAGCCAGGACGGUCCCCCCGCCCUGGGACUGCUCGGCUGGACUCCUGGCCUGCCCGCCUCGGGACGGCUCGGCUGGCCUCGCUCCUUCCCCGGUAUGGCUCGGAGGCCCCCCGAGCGGCCCCGUGGUGGGCGGGCCAGGAGGUUCACCAAGCCGUCCCGGGGCAGGCUGGCCAAGACAGUCCACCUGCCUUGGGACUGCUCGGUAGACAUCCUGGCCUGCGCCUCCGGAGCGGCUUGGCCGGCCUCUUGGCCCGCCCGCUCCGGGACGGCUCGGCAGGCUUCCUCCUCCUGGCCCACCCGCCCCCGGACUUUUCGGCUGACCUCUUGGCCUGGGACGGGGCAGGCGGGCUAGGAGACCCGCCGAGCCGCCCCAGGGCGGGCGGGCUAGGAGGCCCGACUGUGACGAGGACGUGUUGGCAGAUGAACUUAGGUGGGUUAUCAACUUGGAAGCGGCGCUAUCAUAAUUCUUGUUGA